AUGGCUCCCCGUGUUGCUGUGAUAGGGGCCGGUCCUCUAGGACUCAUGGCGCUGAAGAACAUGAAGGAAGAUGGGCUGGAUGUGACAUUGUGGAAUUACUCCGAGGAUGGGUCUCUUUCUGUAGCUGCAAACACAAUUUUCAACAGCAGCAAAUACCGGAGCGCAAUAUCAGACUACCCUUUUCCGGACGAAACGGACGAUUUCCCCACUUGGCGACAAAUGUGGGAGUAUCUGGAGGGCUAUGCGGAUCAUUUCCAGUUGAGACAGAAUAUCCAACUCAACACACGCGUGGUGGCUUUUGCACGCGAAGGAGACAAAUGGGCAGUCGAGCUUCUUACCAAGGAUGGCGGCCCCCGCCGCGAAUAUUUCGACAAGAUCGCCGUCGCGAAUGGAACCUUCACGGCGCCAAAAUGGCCAGAGAUCCGGGGGAUAGAGAAGUUCACCGGAAGGACUCUGCACGCGAUCAAUUUCCAUCGUCCCGAGUCUUUCAAGGACCAGCGGGUAUUGAUCGUCGGGCUUCACGCAUCUGCACAAGAUGUAGCUUCUGGUCUCGUGGGACAUGCUGCGCAGUUGUAUGCCAGCCAUAGAAACGGUGUCGUUCUCGUACGUUUCAGAGAUAUCCUCAUGCACCUCUGGAGCGGGAUGAAACUGAUGGCUCAUGAUCUCCAGCUCCCACGAUAUGACCCAAAAGGUGCUGCGUUCGACACAGCCAUGACCCUCAACUUCACGAGAUUCGUGUUAUUCGCGACGACUUGGUUUCCCAGUAUAUUGAAUUGGCUAAUGGACAAAGUUAUGGUUGCCACGUCGAAAACCGCAUUUCCCAACGUUCUCAAGUCAUGGAACUUCUUCCCGGCUCCAUCUAUCGCAACCACAGCUCCUUUGAUUGGGGACGAGAUUUACCCUCUGUUGGAAUCGGGCUUCUGCGAACCAGUUAGCGCUGUGUCAAAGAUCACAGGAGCGAAGACAAUCGAGUUAAAAGAUGGCCGUGUCCUGAAAGACAUCGACGCUAUCAUUUACACGACUGGCUAUAAUUUCGCCGCACCUUUCGUCGACCAGGAACACAACCCCUACCCCAUCCCGGGCAAGCCACCUUAUCUGUAUCGCGGGACCUUCCCGCUCCAUGAAGACCCUAAGGUCCGGAACUCGCUUGCGUUCUUUGGUCAUGGCGCGAUCUUCUUCCCUGGCUUCGUCCAGCACGAACUCAUCAUCAUGGCAACCUCACAGAUAUGGAGUGGACGGUCCAGCCUACCUCCACUGAGCGAUAUGAAAACAUGGUACCACGGCUUUCUGGAUUGGCGUCAGAAUCUUCUGGAUCGGCAGAAAUCCGAGGCUACGUUUUAUACCCUCAAUCAACCUAUGACAGACCAUUUGCAGUGGUUCGAGGAUGCUGCCGGAACUGGAGUGUUUAGCCACUUCGGAUGGCUUAGUCUCAAGGCUUGGUCUUUCUGGUGGAAUGAUCGGAAAUUAUAUCAUCUUUGUGCGAACGGUAUAUUCAGCCCCUCUAUUUGGCGGCUGUUUGAGACCGGUAAAAGGAGGGCUUGGCCAAAGGCCAGAGAGCAGAUCUUCCUUGAUAAUAAAGCUGCUCAGGCACAAGUUCGAACCAGGCUUGAAAGGAUGAGGCUUGAAGGAAACAAGAAGACCCUGUGA